GAAGAAGAAGAAGGACUAUAACAUGAAUGAUGCUGGAGAUAAGAGGAUGCUAAAUCUACCAGAAUCUCUCUCAUUGUGAGACAUCUCACUCCUCUGCUUUCCCUGCAUUCAUCAGAAUGGCUCUGCUGCUGCAUUCAGUCUGAUCUCAUCUCCUGAGUGUACCAGGGCUGAAUUUUAAAUAGUGAAUGUGCAAGAGAGAGUGAGUAAGGAGUUUUUCUGGGGACUCCAGCCAAAGAGAAGGAAACUAGAAAAGAGAGCAAUCCAGGGGGAGGGACACUAGGACUCAGUGUGGACCUGUGGGAAACAAGAGAGGAGUGAGCCGAAGAGUAUAUGAUGAGUCUUAACAACGGUCAAACUCUGACCGUCAGUGGACAGGACAACCGAACCCACUUGGAGGAUAGUGUGGCUUUAAAACCCUCCACCCCCACCAGGAAACCUAAACCACCAAAGCCAGAAAAUGCCAUCACCAUCGCUGUGUCUGCACGGGUACUCUUCAACAUGGACAAGGAGCAACAGAUCUACGAGCAACAAGGCAUGGAAGAGUACAUCAAGUAUCAGGUGGAGCAUGAAACGCAGCCUUUCAGCCCAGGACCUGCCUUCUCCUUUGUCAAGGCUCUGGAGGCUGUGAACACUCAGCUGAGGGAGCUUUACCCUGAAAGCGAGGAGCUUUUUGAUGUUGUGCUCAUGACCAACAACCACGCAUACGUCGGCCUAAGACUCAUCAAUACCAUCAAUCAUCACCAGUUGUUCAUCGAACGUUUCUGCAUGACAGGCGGAAACAGUCCAAUAGGAUAUUUAAAGGCCUACCACACUAACCUUUACCUGUCUGCUGAUCCAAUCAAGGUUCGAGAAGCUCUGGAGGAAGGUAUUGCAGCAGCCACCAUGUUCACCCAGGAGAAGAUCACAGAAGUGUCAGAGACUCAGCUGCGUGUUGCCUUCGAUGGAGAUGCCGUCCUCUUCUCUGAUGAGUCGGAGCGAAUUUACAAAGCCCAUGGACUGGACAAGUUCUUCGAGCACGAGAAGGCGCACGAGAACAAGCCUCUUGACCAUGGACCACUGAAAGGAUUCUUGGAGGCUUUGGGAAAGCUGCAAAAAAAGUUUUAUGGCAAAGGCCAGCGCAUGGACUGCCCUAUCCGGACCUACUUGGUGACAGCUCGCAGCGCAGCCAGUUCUGGUACCAGAGCCCUAAAAACUCUGCGCUCUUGGGGUCUGGAAAUUGACGAGGCUCUGUUUCUGGCAGGGGCACCCAAAGGCCCCAUGCUUGAGAAGAUCAGGCCGCACAUUUUUUUUGAUGACCAGAUGUUUCAUGUGGAGGGUGCUGCAGAAAUGGGGACAGUAGCAUGCCACGUGCCCUAUGGGAUAGCUCAGAGAAUCACCAAGACAGGAAUUAAAGACAGAGAGACGUCUUCAGAAACCAAAUAGACUGGAUGUAUCUGUGCAGAAGUACAGGAGCCCAAAGGGACAUUUCAUUCUGGCUUUUAGCAGCAGAGGAUAUAAGAAGAGUAUUUCAAACCAUAAAAGUGUCCUGACAUGGGUUGAAAAGUAAGAAAACCCCAAGUGAUGCAAUACGUUUAGGCCUAUAUGAUAUUAUAGCCAUGUGAUGUCACUUUAACCAUAUAUUAAUUAUUUCUGCCGAUUAAUCAUAUUUGAGUUCAGAGGGGUGUUUUAUACAUGUUUUGUUUCUUUAUCAGUUCAUAAAGCUCAAAACAUCCAAUUCUAAACCAUUUUAAAACACCUACUAAGUUCUAACCAUGACUUCACUUAUACUUUAGAAAACGUUUACUAAAGCUUUCUUCUGGACUUCUUCUUCUUUUAUUGGAAUUAGGUAGAACAUGUUUGUGUUGCCAGUUUGAAAAAUGUCAUAUUCUAAUUGGACCAUUUUGCCAUAUUCCCUGGAAAAAUACAAUAUGAUAUCAAUUGAAAUGGGCAAGUUACCGAGGAAAUCAGUAGUCAAAGUCUGGAAGUCUGGUUUAGCGUAUGAGAAGUCACACAGAUCAACUGAAGGCAUCACUUUUCAUUCAGAUUCAUAUUACUGCUUAUCUGUGACUAUUUGAAAACUGGUGCCUUUUACUUGCUAGUUAUGGACUACUUUGUCAGUCUUGCAUGUUGUUGGCAAAUUUAUGUUGUAAAUGUAGUUGUUGCACUGAUGUAUAUGAAUGUAUUUUAAGAUAGCUCAAUUGGUAAAAUCGUAAUAUAAUUGAAUUUAUAUUUAUUUUAAAAUGUAUGAUGUCACUAUUAUGCACUACAAAUUAUUUAUAUAUUAAUGUUUUUAGUGUGUUAAAAAUUAAUUUCUGCUUCUUGUUGCUGAAGUGCCAAAAGUUAGCUGUCUCCCUUGUCGUUGCCUGUGUGUUUAUUUUGAAAUGAGUUGGCUCAUUAUUGUUGCUUUCCUGUUGUUGAUUGUGUGUGAGUGUGAGGCAAGUUUGAAUUACACACUUGCUCACAUUUGGAAUCUGGCUAGUUCUGGGCAAAAAGAGCACCGUGGACUGUUAUGCAAUCAAAUUUUUCUGUUUCCAGACUGAAGUAAAGAUGGCUGCUUUAAAACAA